AUGUCAAAUCAAACAGAUACAAAUCAGACAAUGACAGAUCAAGCAAAGGUGCAAUUACAAACGGAUUCAUCGACCGUUACAUUAGUCACCUCUAUCAUUUUCAAUGGUGCAAUUACGGUAUCGGUGUUAUUUGCUUUUGGAAUUGUGCGUAGGUGGGAUAAAAAAGUUUACGAGCCAAGAACCUAUUUAGUUCCUAAAAAUAAAAGGUCACCAAAACUUUCUUCCGGGUUUCUCGGCUGGCUAAGUAUUCUCAAAACAACAGAUGAAGAAAUAAUUCAACGCGCUGGAUUAGACGCUUACAUGUUUCUUCGAUUCUUUCGCGUGUUUGCGCGUUUAUUUGCUGUGUUCACAAUUAUUGGGUGUGCAAUAUUGAUUCCAUUAAACGCGUAUCAACAAGGUGAUGAGCGUGGAAUUGAUCGAUUUACUAUUGGAAAUAUUCAAACGAUUGAACGGUUAUGGGCGCAUUUGGUUAUAACUUAUCUAUUUUCUGCGGCGAUCAUUUAUUCUUUAUAUCAUGAGUAUAAGAAUUUUGUUAGAUUGCGACAAGAAUAUUUUACGCGACCGGAAAAUCGCGAAUCUGUAAAAGCAAAAACUAUUUUAGUUAGUGGUAUACCUCGUGAAUUAUAUAACAAGGAAUCAUUAAAAUCGAUAUUCAAUGUAUUCCCCGGUGGUAUAAAACAUAUUUGGCUAAACAGUGAUCCAAAAGAUCUUCCAAAACUUAUUGAAGAACGUGAAAAUCUAGUAGCAAACCUUGAAGGCGUAACAAUCACCUUAAUGGAAAACUACUUAAAACAUGUCAAACAAACUGGUGGUGAUUUUGAGAACGCCGGUCAAGUACCUAAAUCACUUCGCCCUCAACAUCGGCCAUUGAAAGUGCCAAUGGUUGGAUCAAAAGUAGAUUCUCUCGAAGAGUAUCGAGCGGAAAUCAAAACUCUCAAUGAGAAAAUCACUAAAUAUCAAAACGACGCUACAAAACAUGCGCCGAUGAAUUCUGCAUUUAUUCAAUUUAAUACUCAGACUGGCGCUCAGUUGGCCAGCACUACUACGAUUCCACGGUUGUUGGAGAUUGCACCGAAUGAUGUUAUUUGGGAGAACUUGAAUUUGUCGGCUACGCAACGUAUGAUUCGUAAAGCUAUAAGUAAACUUGUUGUUUCUGCUUUAGUGCUUUUAUGGUUUAUUCCUGUUACUUUUGUGGCAUCCAUUUCAAAACUGGAUGAUUUAAAGGCAAAAAUUGGAUUUGUGAAAACUAUUGUCGAUGCGUUACCCAACUCCGUUGUAGGAAUUAUUCAGGGUGUGUUACCUGCAAUAGGAUUAGCCAUUUUAAUGGCAUUGCUGCCAAUUAUCUUAAGAAUCUUGUCUAGAUUCGAAGGAAUCGUGAGUCAUACCAAAGUGUCGAUUAGCGUGAUGUCAAAGUAUUUCUUUUUCUUGGUUGUCAAUGUUCUUUUACUUACAACUCUCGCAAAUGGAAUUUUCUCUGCUCUUCCACUCCUUCAGACACGUUUACCAUUAGCGUCAACCUUUUUCAUCACCUACGUUCUUCUCACAUUCUCUGGCGCAGCAUUAGAGUUAUGUCAAAUUGGACCGUUGGUUAUACACUUUAUUUUCAAAAAGUUUCUGGUAAAAACGCCACGGCAAAUUUGGACCCUGGAAAAAACAAUGGCAUCACUUGAUUGGGGAACUACAUUUCCACCGCACGUUCUAAUAGUAUGUGUUGGACUCGUCUAUUCAACCGUAGCACCUUUGAUCUUACCAUUUGUUACUGUACAUUUUGGUCUUUAUUAUCUCGCAUAUCUCUAUAAUUUCCUUUAUGUGCUUGAUCAACCUGCUGAGUCGGGUGGAUUAGCCUUUAGAAAGGCUGUAUACGAAGUAUAUAUUGGUCUUUUUAUCUAUCAGUUAACUAUUAUUGGAUUGAUGUUCCUUAAAAAAGCAUACAUUCAAGGCGUGUUAAGUGUAGUUCUUAUCGCUCUCACUUUUGGCAUAAUGACCGCGACACGUUCUCUAUUCAUGCACAACCCUUCAGCGGAAUUUCUACCAGCUGAUUUAGCCGGUGUAGUUGAUCGAAAACGUAAAGUGAUAAUUGAUCAAUCUGAGACGAAUCUUUUACUGGAAAAGGAUUACAAAAAUGAUAGUCACGAAAUAGAUAUUUCCCAAGCGACAAAUAUGCAAGAUUUGGAUGAGCAUGCAUUUUUACAUCCGGCAUUUACCGCCAAACAGCCAGUUAUCUGGCUGGCAAAUGAUAAAGCGGGAAUUGGUGCGGAGGAAGUGAGGGCAUGUUUGAAAGAUGGUGUUCAAGCUUCGACAGAAGGAGCAUCGUUCGAUUAUGCCACUGGUCGAGUACAUGUUGAUGAUAAAGGAUUUCCCGAGGACAGAGAUGGGAAUACUUUUUGA